CAGUACCGCAUAAGCCGUGACAACAGUGACCUUGGACACUUCACCACUAUCUUUUGACUGAAGCUCUAGCAGAAGAUGGCCUGGGAAGGAGGACUCGAGCCCAAUGGCACAGAGGGCAAGAACUUCUACAUCCCCAUGUCCAACAGGACCGGGGUUGUUAGAAGUCCCUUUGAAUACCAGCAGUAUUAUUUGGCCGAUCCCAUUAUGUUUAAAAUUCUAGCUCUCUACAUGUUCUUCCUGAUCUGCACCGGAACUCCCAUCAAUGGUCUGACAUUGUUGGUCACAGCCCAGAACAAGAAGCUCCGGCAACCUCUCAACUACAUCCUGGUCAACCUGGCUGUGGCGGGGCUCAUUAUGUGCGCCUUUGGAUUCACCAUCACCAUCACGUCGGCUGUCAAUGGCUACUUCAUUCUCGGAGCCACUGCGUGUGCUGUUGAGGGAUUCAUGGCCACAUUAGGAGGUGAAGUUGCUCUCUGGUCCCUGGUGGUUCUUGCUGUUGAAAGAUACAUCGUAGUCUGCAAACCCAUGGGAAGCUUCAAGUUCUCUGGUACUCAUGCAGGAGCUGGAGUCCUUUUCACCUGGAUCAUGGCUAUGGCAUGUGCUGCUCCCCCUCUUUUUGGCUGGUCCAGGUACCUUCCUGAGGGCAUGCAGUGCUCGUGUGGACCUGACUACUACACUCUGGCUCCAGGCUUCAACAACGAAUCAUACGUCAUCUACAUGUUUGUGGUCCACUUCUUUACUCCCGUCUUCAUCAUUUUCUUUACUUAUGGAAGCCUUGUGCUGACAGUCAAAGCUGCCGCAGCCCAGCAGCAAGAAUCAGAGUCUACCCAGAAAGCUGAGAGGGAAGUGACACGCAUGUGCAUCUUGAUGGUCUUUGGCUUCCUAGUAGCUUGGGUGCCAUAUGCCAGUUUUGCCGGUUGGAUCUUCUUGAACAAAGGAGCUCCCUUCUCAGCCCUGACAGCAGCCAUCCCCGCCUUCUUUGCAAAGAGCUCAGCUCUGUAUAACCCUGUUAUCUACGUACUGUUGAACAAACAGUUCCGUAACUGCAUGCUGACCACUAUUGGAAUGGGCGGCAUGGUGGAGGACGAGACCUCAGUCUCUGCCAGCAAGACAGAAGUGUCCUCUGUGUCUUAAUCAUGACGACAUCCUCAAAUCUGUGGACAUUUUUCUCACUUAUCCUUUGCAGAUUUUCAAAACCAUCCAGUGGGAAAAAAGUCUUAAACUUUUGCCAAAUAGAGUUAUGGAUUUGAUGAAGAGACUCUGGACCAAACACAAUGAGGAAUUAAAUUUGUUAAUAUGUACAAACUAAACAAAUGUAAUGAAAUAUAUUUGCUGUGGAGGUUUUCUUGCGCAGCAUUUAUGUGUCCAUGUUCGCGUAAGAUUGAGUGAUUGAGUGAGUCAGUGAGUGAUUCAGUGAGAGAAUGAAAUGUGACUCACCGUGCAGGACAUGAUGACGCUCAAAAGACCUCAACUGUCAAGUCAAUCUAAACCUGCCGAAAUGUGACAUUUUAUGUUAUUUAUUUUAUUUCAAUUAAUUGUUUUACUGGGCUACCAGUAGCAACAUAUUUGCGUAUAACAUAAAAAGGAAAAAAAUACACAAAAUUAACUAGAUAAUAAAUGCAUGCAUGAAAA